CAAGAGUCGGUCUCAGUUUCGGAAAUUGGGUGAGGGGAGAUUUUCAGCUGCACGAUGCUGCGCCUCAGCUGUGCACAGUGUUGUCGCAACUCCUGCGCGUUCUGAUCUUCUCUCCACACUUCUCGGUCCUCACCAUCACGUUCGCCAUCCAGCCUCGGCGCUCGCACGGGAAGAACACCAAUCGUCAUUGAUCGCCAAGAGUCUCGAUAUUAGCUACCAUGGCCAUCUGGAAACGGUUGACGGCAUCGUACACGGGACAGUUUGACGCCACACAUAGAUUCGAGACGUCCUGGAUUCUCCCGCCGGGCGUUUUGUUUGGAUGUCGCGCUCUGCUAUCGCUGUACGCGUUUGUCACGUUGUUCACCAUCUUUGGCUGGAACGGCACCCAUGGCAGAUCAGAAGAUUCUCAGCGUUCGUUCUCCUACUUUACGCAUUUGACGUAUUGGGGCCUGGCCUUUUACAAUGCGUUCAGCGCUGCGCACACCGGCAGCUAUUGGCUCACGGGGACACCGUUUCUUGCUCGAUGGCCGAAACCGCUCCAGAUAGCCCACAGCAUGUUCUACUCUACCAUUGUCAUUUACCCUUGGAUCGUUACAGCGGUUUACUGGGGUAUCCUCGCCUCCAACGGAUUUCCAAACACGUUCUCACUUUGGUCCAAUACUUCUCAGCACGCACUCAAUUCAGCAUAUGCGUUUUUCGAAAUCAUCUUCCCAAGGACUGAGCCAAUCCCCUUCCUCGACAUCAUUCCAGUCGUCAUCUUGCUUGCCUUGUAUCUUGCACUGGCUUACGUUACGUUCCACACACAAGGCUUCUACACAUAUGGAUUCCUGGACUUGCGCAAGCAUUCUUCUGGCGUCGUGGGUGCCUACAUCAUCGGCAUUCUCGUUGCUGCGAUCGUCAUUUUCCUCAUCGUCAGAUAUCUUAUCCUGUUGCGCCUCUGGUUGACGGAACAAAAGCUGGGAAAGACAGGUAAAUUCUCUCAUCGCGGCACGGUCAGAAUGACUGCCGGGGAAGCCGAAAAAGGCGUUUCAAUGCGCAAUAUCGGCACGAAGUGAUCUCCGAUACCUUACCAUUACAAACACUCUACCGUUAUAAUAUUUAAUACACACUACCAGGCCUACGCCUUCCAACUCUCUACUAGUUACCCCUGUUUCGCGAAAUCCUUGCCUCCGUCCAGCAACCAUGCAAGCGG